CCAGAAACAUCUAAACAUUUUCUUCUCAAACAUUUCUCAAAACUUCAACUCUAGUUUGUGUUUUCUCCACUUUUCUUCUACCUAAUGGCUACAAUUCUUCUCAAUAAUCGCUUCUUUGUUGCAAUUGUUCUCCUGUCUAUUGUUGUUGGUUCCGUGUUUGGACGUUCCGUUCCACGUUUCCUUCCUUCUACUAAAGAACAUACUACAACAACAAACGCCACAACAACUACAACAACAGCCAUUACUCCAUCAGAAAUUAUUCCAGUCUUCGAUCAAAACUUCUCCCAGCACACUAUUGGGGAAUGGAAGGUUUGGAGUGUUGCUGCUGCUAUGUACCUUGCUAUGAACGCUCUGGUCUAUGUUCUUACCUAUUGCUGUUAUCUUGAGAAGAAGUGUGAUGUUGCUACGGUCUCCCCCAAAUCAGCAUCGGCAUCUUCCUCUACCGUCGUCGAGUUUAGCAACGUGGAGUACUCGGAAAGUGCAAAAACUGCAAGAGACCUGAGUGUUCGUACAGCCAAAAGUCUUAGCCUUCCCUCAGCCAAACAAGCUUCUCGUAGACCCCCAAAAUCACAAAAAACCCAAAAGGAAUCGGAGAGGGGAACUUCAAAGUCUCAAAAAUCUGCAAAGCUUCCUUCUACAAAAAGUUCAGAAGAAUCAACGGCAAAAUCAACAUCCACUAGAACGGCGACUUCUACCAAAGCAACAACAAGUAAGAAAGGGACAACGACGAGUACUUCAAAGAGAACUACGGAAACUGGGAAAACUUCUACUACAUCGGGAGGAAGCGAAGACAGUAAAUCGUCCGACAGCACAGAAGAAGCUUCGAGUACUUCUGCUGGUUCGAAUGAAAGUGAAACUAGUGGUGGGUCUGAGAGUUCUGGCUGA